AUGGAUAUUGUCCCAGAUCUACCAGAUGAAGAAAACGACGUCUCCCGACUCAAUAUAGGAUUACGGUACUACUUGAUUCGGAAGGUGAUCAGAGUGGUAGUACCAAGACCGGAUAUCAAUGCUGGCUACGAUGCCAGAAUGAUAGAAUUUGUUGCAUAUGUCAAGUACUUGGAGAAGAAGUCGUUUGAGAGAGCGCAAACAAGGGAUGACUACUACGCACUUUUGGCGAGAAUCAUAUUUAGAAUGCAGAAGCAGCUGGCGACACGGCCAAAGGGACCAGCAGAUGAUCCAUAUGGAGACAUUCCUCUACCACAUGAACUUGCCGACUUCAUGGGACUAUCUCAGGAAGAACUGGAAGAAUUCGAUGAGGAGCAGAACCCUCAAGGGCCUAACGCCAACGAUGAAGCAGAUUCCAAAGAAACGAUAACUGGUCGUGUUCGACAAAGUGUUAUUGAUAGACUUGGUACGAUGCUGUUCCCACCUCCGGAUCCAUUUGCAUACUUUGAUGGGCGUAUGGAUACGAUAACUGAGAAGUUAGAAGAGAUCGAAGAAGAAGCUUACAAACAGUGUGAGGAUCGGGAUGACUACUUCAACAUUGCGUCUCUCAGAGCAUACCGUCUUCAGAAGGAAUAUAAAAGGAGUGGAGAAUCUUAUGUAGACCGUCUUGUAAGGUAUCCGGUCAUUUUCUUCCAAACCGAAACAGUCGACACCGGUGGCGAUCUUCUUCCAGAUCUCUAA